GCAACAACAACAACAACCGGACAAACUGUUCCCGGCUCCCGGCGCGCGGACACACCCAGAGGACAGCACCGUCCCCGGUCUGAGUCACGAGCUGAAAGAUCACCAGGUGGUCGGGAACGUCGUCUGUCUCCUGAAAUUAUGAGGAAGGUUGUAGAAAAAGAUGCCGUAACAGCGAAAAUAAUGAUAAGAUGGCGGAGACGGUGAAGUACGUGGACGAUGAACAUAAGAGCCUCUUCCUGAAGCUGCUGAACGAGCAGCGGCUGGAGGGCGAGCACUGCGACAUUGCCGUGGUGGUGGAAGACGUCAAAUUCAGAGCUCAUCGUUGUGUCCUCGCCGCCUGCUCCAACUACUUCAAGAAGCUCUUCAAGAAACAUGAGGUGGACAACUCGUCUGUGAUUGAGAUCGACUUCAUCCGCUCAGACAUUUUUGAGGAGGUGCUGAACUACAUGUACACAGCGAAGAUAUCCAUCAAGAAAAGAGAUGUUAACCUGAUGAUGUCAUCAGGACAGAUCCUCGGCAUCCGCUUCCUGGACAAGCUCUGUUCUCAGAAACGUGAUGUGUCAUCAGAAGACAAAGAGAAGUUUCCGUAUGACAUUGUGAAGAUGGCGUUGCCGCCUGAAGCUCAGCUGGCUGCUGACUCAGAGGUUCUCGGUGAGCACGAUGACACGCCCACUACAGAUGACCUCGUUGAGGCAUCAGCUAAUCAGGAGCUUGACAAGUCACCAAGUGCAGCGUUGCACGUCCAGGAAGCCAUCUUGAAAGAACUGACCAAUGAGGAUGUUCACAAGGUGACCUGUUACGACCAGGAUGUGGUGACAGAGAUGGAGGCGGAGCCUAAAGAGCUGGAAACGGAGCAUCACAGCACCCAGACGCUGACAUUUACAGACAGCAUGGGCGAGGUGAAGGACGAGCAGGCGCCCGGCUGGUCAACAGCCCCCACCGACAUGAAGUUUGAAUACCUGCUUUACGGUCACAGAGAACACCUGGCCUGCCAGGUGUGUGGGAAGACCUUCCUGGAUGAGAGCAGACUCAGAAAACACGAGAAGCUUCACUCAGCGGAGCGUCCAUUCGCUUGUGAAAUCUGCACCAAAGCUUUUACCACCCACGCUCACCUGAAAGAACACCUGAAGAUCCACACGGGAUUCAAACCAUACAGGUGUGACGUUUGUGGGAAAUCGUUCAUUCGAGCUCCUGACCUUAAAAAACAUGAACGGGUUCACAGUAACGAGAGACCGUUCGCCUGUCAGAUGUGUGACAAGGCGUUCAAACACAAGUCUCACCUGAAGGACCAUGAGAGGAGACACCGUGGAGAGAAACCCUUCGUCUGUCCGUCCUGCACCAAGGCUUUUGCCAAGGCGUCGGAUCUGAAGCGUCACGAGAACAACAUGCACAGUGAGAGGAAGCAGAUAAAUCCUCUUCAGAGCGACACAGAGACACUGCAGGCUGCCGCCAUGGCUGCAGAGGAGCAACACCUGGAGAACAUCAGCUGUUCCUAGCGCCUGGAGAAGAUCAGCUGUUCCCAACGCCUGGAAAACAUCAGCUGUGCCCAACACCUGGAGAACAUCAGCGGUUCCCAACUCCUGGAGAACAUCAACCAUUCCCAUCAGCUGUUCUCAAUGCCUGGAAAACAUCAGCUGUUCCCAACACCUGGAGAACAUCCACUCUUCCCAUCAGCUGUUCUCAAUGCCUGGAAAACAUCAGCUGUUCCCAUCAGCUGUUCUCAAUGCCUGGAAAACAUCAGCUGUUCCCAUCAGCUGUUCCCAAUGCCUGGAGAACAUCAGCUGUUCCCAACACCUGGAAAACAUCAGCUAUUCCCAAAGCCUGGAAAACAUCAGCUGUUCCUAACACCUGGAGAAUAUCAGCUGUUCCCAACACCUGGAAAACAUCAGCUAUUCCCAACACCUGGAGAAUAUCAGCUAUUCCCAACGCCUGGAGAACAUCAGCUAUUCCCAACGCCUGGAGAACAUCAACUGUUCCCAACACCUGGAGAACAUCAGCUGUUCCCAACACCUGGAGAACAUCAGCUAUUCCCAACGCCUGGAGAACAUCAGCUGUUCCCAACACCUGGAGAACAUCAGCUGUUCCCAACACCUGGAGAACAUCAGCUGUUCCCAACACCUGGAAAACAUCAGCUGUUCCCAACAACUGGAUCAGUGUUUCUGUAUAAAUCCAGAUUUAAUCCAGACUUGAAUGGAGGUCUGAAGGUCGGAAAAUGUUCUCCUGCUCUGAACUGACUGUAACAUGACCUGAUGACCUCAUUGGUCAUGUGAUGAACAUGUCACCCCCCCACCCCCCUUUCAUGUGUUGUGUUAUCAGUCUGUGUUGUAUAUAAAGGUUCUGUUCAGUUUAAUGAGCAGAACUCUGUCAUUGUCCCUGAAGUACAGGAGCCCAUAGAGGACACAUGUAAAUAAACUGUUUUAAAUCA